AUGAAUAUUACCGACUCAGAAGUCUUCGUAGAUACAAAAUUUUUACUUCAUAGAGUUAAGUUUUCGAUCUUACUCAUAUUACAAAUUCCAGCAUUUAUACUUUCUCUUCUCAUCUUCUUCUUUUUCAUCAAACAUCGUACUAUUAGAGAAGCACCACAUAAUCGAGCAUUGUUAAUUUUACUUAUUGUGAAUUUUAUACAAUUAUUAUUUGCCAUACCACUUAGUCUUAGUUUCUAUGCUGUUGGUUAUGUUAGUCCAGCUACACCGACUUUUUGUACAUGGUGGACGUUUUUCGAUUUUACAUUCUAUGUUACUAGUGAAUAUCUAAUGGCUACUAUAUCUAUCCAGCGACAUAUGCUUGUUUUUAAUGGACAUAUCUUACGUAUUCGUUGGAAGCGUAUUUUAUUUCAUCAUUUACCACUUGUUUUUUGUCUUAUUUAUCCUAUAACUUUCUAUGUUUUUGUAAUUAUUUUAUACCCAUGCCAAGAUGCUCCAUGGGACUAUGAAAGUAACCUGUGCGGCGCUGCUGAUUGUUAUCUUGUUUUUAAUAAGUUUUUAGGUAUCUUUGACUGGGGUUUUAAUAAUGGCUUACCAAUGGUAAUCAAUGCAUUAGCUAAUAUUAUGCUUAUUGUACGAGUCGUUCAACAGAAACGUCGACAACAACGACCAGUCACAUGGAAACAACAACGACGUAUGACUGUUCAAUUAUUCUGCAUUUCAAGUCUGUAUUUAGUUAUUUGGUCACCAUCUCUUAUUGUCGGACUUGUACAAAUUCUUGGUUUUCCUACUUUUCUUGCUGAAGUUCAAACAGAAUAUUUUGUCUUUAUUCUUGACACGAUUUGUCUUUUUCUACCUUGGAUAUGUAUUGGCUUAUUACCUGAAUUAUUAGUAUGGAUUAAAACAUUAUGUCAUUGUCAGCAACGACACAAUGCAGUAGGAAGUGUUAUAACACGAACUCAAUUAAACAAAUAA